GGGGGUAGCUUAUUCAAUAUCAUUCCUCACCAUGAAAUUUCUUUGUCUCCAUGGAAAUGGAACAAACAGCAACAUUAUGCGGAUGCAAACCGCGUCGCUGCGGUAUGAACUGGAGGAUGGACACGAAUACGAGUUUGUAGAGGCUGCUAUACCUGCGACAAUGUCUCAAGGUAUCGAAACAUUCUCUACGCCAGAUCAGUCCUUCUACGCAUUCUACAAUCCAGAAGAAUUAUCUACUCUCCAAGUCACAAUUGCGCAAUUAGAUGAAUACAUCACCGCCGAGGGGCCGUUCGAUGUGGUCAUGGGAUUUUCAGCCGGGGCAGUGCUGGCAGCCUCAUACAUCCUGCAGAAACAACAGCAGCAGGGCCAUGAUACCCCUCCUUUCAAAUGCGGCAUUUUCUUGUCUAGCGCAUUAAGUGCCGCUGAAAUGAACUACCUAGGCUGGCUUCAUAGCGAUGAUAAUGAUGAAGGUGGUCAUCUGACCAUCCGACUUCCCACGGUGCAUAUAUGGGGAGCUAACGACCAGACAGCGCCCACCGGUGGCGCGGAUCUGAGCAAGCUAUGUGAUCCUGCUCAAAGAUUGAUCGUCAUACACGAUGGAACGCAUGAACUUCCUCGGGGGGAACACAUGACUCAGGCAGUCCACGCAAUUCGGAGAGCGUUGUAUGCAGCUAGUCAGUACGAGAAAUAGGACAAUCAAACCACCACCCCAUGCAUGCAUAUAUAUGAUUAUUGACGUAUAUGGGCUGAAAAAAUGGAACAAACGGAACACCCA